AAAACGAACAACAUGGUUGCAUGACAGUCUUGUGAAGGCGGUUUCUUCUUCGUUCAAAAUUGGUUUUUACAGUGUGUUUUUGAGGCGUUCAAGCUUAUGAAGGAAUCCGUUAUGUCUGUCUCCUCGCUUGUUGGAGCUUUUGAUGACAUCGUUCGCUCCACUUCAGUCCUCGCCGAAGGAAUUGAAGGAGGUUUGUGAUCCGAUUCUUCGCUUGUUGUUCAAUCAUUGCUGGAUCGUAUUGUCCAUAGUGUUGCUUGAUUUGUCAGCAGAUAAAUGCUUUUUGAAAUUAUGAACGUUACUUUGACUUUUUUCUUCUGUUAAUCAUUUCAAAGUUGUGAAAUCUAACGAGCUUUAUUCAGGAAUAAGUUAAAAGCAAUUCAAUCAAAGCAACUUGCAAAGCUUUCAGUUCUUGAGUUCAGUUCUUGAGAAUACAUUGUCUUAAAAGAACAUUUGAAUCAUUUUACCCUUUCCUAGAAUUCAUUAAGUUCGUUACACAACAAGAAGAAUGUCGGAAGAAGUGGCUUUCUGCCGAGAAUGAAGCUAUCCGACUAAAGCAAGAGAUCGCAAAACUCCAGGUAACAUGUUGGACGUUUUGUAAUUAUUAAUAAACGAAUAAUCCUUUGGUGGGCUCUUUCAUUUAACUUUCUGUUCCGGGACGUGAGCUCAAGUUUUAACAAUUUAACAAUAUUUUUCAGGCUGAAAAUGAAGCGCUUGAAGUUAAGUUGAAGCACGCAAGGUUGGUAGAUAAAUGUCAUAACAAAAUAACAAAACUUUGACUUAAGAAGUUGAAAGAAAAACGCAUGUUUUGAGCUGACGUUUAGAAAAAAUUCUCACUUCAGAAACCAGAAAACCCGUCAAACAUUUAUAAUGCUGUAGUGGUCAUACAGCAUGACAGAGAUUGAUAUCAGAAGAUGCAAUACCGUAUGUUGUUUUUUUAGGGUUGGUUUUACACAGUUUAUCUUUGCUUUCCAGAAGCCAAGUUGAAAUAGAAAUCAAGAAGAGGAUGAAAGCUGAAGCAACUCAAGACCAUUUGGUAGGGAUUUACAAAAGUUAAUGUCAUAAAAUUUACAGGCCCUAAUUGUUAAAAAGUUGGAUAUAACUUUAUCAAUUGGAUGAAAUCUAUAUCCAGUCAAAAUGCAUAUUGGUAAUACUUAUCUGCUGUAUAGUGAUUUAUCCUGUGGAUAGUGCUAUCUAAUGUUUGAACAAAGGGUGCCAUAAAAUAGUUACUGUAUUCUUUUCUGAAAGGACAUGUAUCUGGCUAAGUCACCAUUUUGGUCGGACAAAAUAAAAAUGUGCUUGAGAUCAAUCAAUAAUCAAUGCAUUUCGUUUCCUAAAGAUAGAAAAAUUACAUCAUGUAUGACAGGUACAGGAUGUGUAGGUUGACUGAUUACUGCCUUACCUUCACACAGUGUGCAAAGGAAGUUGUGUCCAAUAGCCCAGGGCUAGUGGAUUUUGCUAUUGGGUUAGCGAAUUCUCUUCUUAACUUCAGUGCCCAACUGGCAAGUGAAGUAUUUUUGGGAAUUCAAAUUACAGAACAACUGUUAUCAAAAUCGUUUUUUGGUUUAGUACAUGCUAAUUACAGCAUGCCCGAAUGGCAGACAAGCUCUAAAACCGACUUUCUUUGCACCCUCAGCCUCACAGCAGCAAUAUUAUUUUGUUUUUGUACUUCAAUUUACAUUUGCUCAAGGUAGAUUUUAUUUAUCUGCAAAAUGAUAGUCUGGUAUUAACUUUUUCUGGACAUCAUAAAUAAUCCAACCACAGUUAAGAUUUUGUUAGAAAUUGACCAAUUUUAGUCUGACCCCUAGCCUAGUCCCAUCCGUUCAUCCAGAACAAGCAGAAUUUUGUGCUGGACAAGGACCUUUUCGAGCUCACAAGCAAAAUGUGAUGGAAUUCAAGGUUCAUAGUCGUGCUGUGAGCUGCACACCACAUCAAACAUGGAGUUAGUCCCUGCCUCUCUAAGAUGGAAACACCUGUCUUGUAGAGAGUGACUGUUGUAUUUGUUAGUGUCACGUGACUAUUAAAAUAUUUGUUGUUUCAUGUCAUGUUACAGGAGAGACAAGUAGCAUUGAUCCGCGAACUGUUAAGUGACAAGGACACCAUGAGCAGGUUAAAUGACAACGAAAGACAGACGCUAAUGCAACUGAGCCAGUGUCACCAUGAUGAUAUGACCAGUCCAAGGAAAAGGUAUGAAAGCCUUAAGUCAAAUACUUACGAAAUGCAACAGCUCAGUCAAAAUGUUUUUUUACGGUAAGCAGGAUAAUGGGUACAAAAAGUCAGUUACUUGCAAAUAUUUUAAGUGUUUUGACUGGGCUGUGUAACAUUGCCUCCCUCACAUUUGUUGAUGAGUAAGACAAGUUUCCCAAGAAGUUUGUUUAGAGACUUUUGGUGUUGUAUCAUGGACAGAUUUGUUCCCCUGUUUCUGCCAGUAACUGGUGCCUCAACAUAUUAUCAUUGUUACAAUCCUUUCAUGAAUGCAGUCAUGGGUCAUAGAUUUUCACAGUGAUACGGUACGAACCUGCAAUCAGUUAAACACCUCUUGCAGAGCUGUCAAUAAGGAUCGUCACCUGUAGCAUUUGUUAUGGCUGAGAUCACUUUAUAUUACUGGUGAUCAAAGAGGAAAGUUAUAAAGUAAAACUAUAAACUUUGGUGAAAUGUAAAGGUGAAUAUUCAUUUACUAAGGCUCCUUCUAAAUUUAAUGACAGUCCUGUCUUGGGUAAUUUAUUGGCCAAGUAAGGGCAGUAUUACUGUCUAAAUUUAUAAGGACCACUAAUUACCAGAGAGCCAUUUCAAAGGGUUGCUGAAAAUUAGUGGUUUGUAUUAAAUGUAUUGUUUGUAUGUUUGUAUUAAUUAAGUGGUUUGUGUAUUGAAAAUGUGAUGAAUAUUUGUCAUAUUGUCAUCAGGCGCUUAAGUGUUCAGGAUGAAUCCACUGGUUCUAUCUUAUCUCCAUCGGAUAUCAGUUACGACAACACAGAGGAUGACUUGGUAGGAUUUAGUAAUAGAAGUAGUAUACAGUCAAUUCUUGUCUUGCAGAUACUUUGCUAUAACGGACACCCCAAUAAUAAACUAGACAUUAAUCCCCUGCAGAAAAUAAAUAAUAAGAAGAAAACAGAUGUUUGAUAUAAAUAAAUCCCCUCUAUUAUGGACCUUUGCUGUAUGAUAUGAACUCAUGGUCUUGAUGGUGUCCAAAAUACGCAGAUUUAGCAAAGACAACAUAAUGAUAGUGACGAUUGCACACGCAGAUCUAAAAACCGAUUUUAACCAAUGGUUGAACAGCAGAUUGAGAACUGGAAAAUACCCUCGAUUUUCCAGUGUUUUGAAUUUUCAUUUUACAUUGCAUUGAACCCAUAUAUUUUUGUUAACUAACACUUUUGCCUUUUAUUAGCUACCUGUGAUAGGCCCAAUACAUGAACACCAAACUAAAAAAAUAUUGACAUGCUUUUAUUUUACUAGGAUGUCUCUCAACCCAAGAGAGUUUCAAUACACAGAAAGGUAUGGAAAACAUUAGAAUUCAGCCUUUUGUAAAUGAAAAAUAAUUAUUUUGUUUUAUUUAUUACAUUGUGUGUGUUAUAAAAGUACCAGGAGAGUCAUGGGGUCCUGAUUCAGCUGUUGAAAAAUAAUAUCUGCUGUUUGACAUGGCAGUGAAUUAGGGGUAUGUAGUUAACAGAUACCAUAUGUUGAUGAAAAGACAGUUUACUUAGGCUGUAAUCAUAGUUAAGACCAAACAGGGUAUUGAGUUGAAAGCAAUUUUCAUUUUUAACUUAAGGAAAUUACAUGGUUAACUACUUACUGUAGUAGCACUCUAACUAAAUAUUGUAUAAUUUUUAUUCCCUAAUUUGCAGCCUCCUCCCACAGCUCCAGAGCUUGAUGUAAGUUAAACACAGUGAAGUUAUAAUUGAUGUUACAUGUAAUUUGAUAGGCAGUAAUCUAACAUUUUAAACGUACUGUGUUCUUGCCCAGUAAUUUUGUAAUUAUGACAUUCAAAAAAAUUUCAUCUGGCUUCGCAGACUUAAUCUAACCCCAGUUUGUAAUGUCUGCAAGCUGCCCUGAUAUCGCUGUUCUGAUCCCCCAACCGAACAGUCUCAACGAAUUACCAGAAAUGCAUUUAGAAAUUUCCCGUAAACCUGAUUGCCAAAUCAACAAUGGCUUUUUAAGAGGCCAAUCAUGGUGCGCACUCAAAUCCUAGUACACAGACCUGUGGGGGCCUAGAAUACAAGGACUUUGAACUGUUUCACAGAUGAACUUAACCUUCUGGGCCCAGAUGUUCGAAGGCUGAUUAGCACUUAACCGGGAUGAAAUUUAACCCGGGUUUUGUUUUUCUUGUGUGCAGAAGCAUUUUCUCGGAUAAUUUUCUCUGUUAUUUUUAAAACUUUCAAUAAUCAACUUGUAGACAAAAAGAAUUAAAACUGAAAGGAUUUUUAAGCUUUCAUAUGUGAAUUCAAAUCUUGCACUAACCCUGGGUUAUCUUAACCCAGCUUUGAACAACUCAGCCCUGUUGGGUAGGCUAUCUUGAAAUAUGCAGUGUAUAUGAUAUUUUCUCAAAUCAGCGAGUGCUUGUGCUGCCAAAAAAGUGGGUACUCCAUCAUGAGCAAAUCCUAAUGUAAUUGGAAUUAUUUGCAUACAUUUUAUUCAGCGGAGAAAAUUAAUCCAAGUUUUUUCUGUUGUUCUUAUUUAUUAUAUUUAUUUAUUUUUCACUUUAUUUCUCUCAGGUUACUCCUCCUAAAAGGCCAAGAAAGGAUGAGGUAGUUCUUUAUUCUAAGAAAAUGAUAUUAAAAUAAGAAAUUGUUGCGAUUUGCAAAGUACAAACUUCUGUACAUUCUAUGGCCUAAGUGCACAAAGAAGAAAAAACCUAUUACAAAACGCACGUAACUGAACAUACACUUAGGUACAUUUCCUUAUGAUAAAAGCCAAAAUUUCAUUAGAAAACACCCACUUAGUUGAAUUAGUGGUAAAUGUAUGUAAAAAUUGUGACCUGCUUUUCUCCCUCAUGACCCCCUUUAGCAGGUCCUGUGGAUCCCAGGGUAGGAAAUUCUGUUAAGAACACCGUUGACUGGUGCAUGUUUCUCAUUGGUGAUUGUUUUGCUUAUUUACCAUUAAUCCUUUUUGUUAGUUUGUGUUUAUGACAUAGAUAGGUUUAGUUGAGGGAUGAUUUUGUCUAUGACUUACAUGACUUAAUAAGUUUUAAAUUACUCAGUGGAUAUAUUCUUUAUUUUGAUUUUUCAAUUUGUGAAAUACAGCAUGAUGCUCCAGUGAUUGUACAACCACUUAUUCCAAGCAGUCCAGUCCAUGUUCCAGCUUAUCCAAGUCAACAGACCUAUGUGCAACCAUCCGCUCCAGGUAACCUUUUUAAUCCUUGAAUUGAAAUUUUAUUCUCCACACAACUGCUGUUUAAAUUAAAAAAAAAUUCUGCAAGAAUUUCAAGCCCUGAUUCUUACAGUUCUAAUGCCAUUAACUCAAAACUGCACCAAGUGCUAAGACUGUUAAAAUAGUUCCUAUCUUUCUACACACUUGUCCGGAUUUAUAUUCAAGUACAGGGCUCAAAAUAACGGCCGGUCAAUGGAGAAUGUCCGGCCUGAUCGUGGACUUGACCGGUCAAACUUUCGUCUUGCCGUUCAUUUUGACCAGUCAUUUUUGGAUGCGAACAUUUUAUAAUAUUUUCCAUAUAGUUGUCGCUUAAUGCAUUUAAAUGCAAUUUAAAGGAGUUAACAACUAAGAGCGCCUGGGUGCCUAGGUCAGCGGUCUUUGGCAUGCGCAUGCCCGGUGGCUGGCUACAUCGAUCAUGUGAUUCUUUGGCGCGUUCAGUUUUACCUUCGUGCUGGGUUCUGGCGGCCAUUUUCUUCCCCUCCCGCCCUCCCCCUAGGCUUGUUGGGUUUUUUCUCCUCUGAUGUCUCUUUUUUCAGUGUGACGGGUGCCUGUUCCUUUCUGUUGGUGUGGGGGCUGAUGGCUGGGUUGCGCUGUUGUGCCAGUCAUGGGGGCAUUAUUUCAAUCUAGGGGCUGGCUGCCAAUAGUGGAAGCCCCUGGAUACUUCAGGCACCCAACCUCCAUUUUAGUGAUGCAGUUGUUAAAUGCAUUUUGCUCUAUAACAUUGUUUGUCCAGGCUAAAAAGUAUUUGGCCCGUCAUCAUGACUGGCGACCUGCUGUCCAUUAUUUUGAGCCCUGAAGUAAGUUCAAAAUUGCUAGCCUGCGUGCAGUUGUCUCCUAUUUCCUUUGAAAAGGUGACGUCGUAAUUUGAGGAGCUUGUCAAAUGUCUGUGGUAUUAAGAAGAGAGGCUGCCAGUGUGUUUCGUUGUUUGCCGUCGACUCACCUCCUCAUCAUAACAAAUCAUGUUAUCUUAACAGCUGAUAUAAAUUACCGAGACCCAUACAGGCAUGCCAUAAGAGAGCUUGAGAGGUACACCAGCCCAAAGAAGGAAACUCCACAAAUGCAGAGGUAACUUGUUACUUUUUGUAUUCUAGUAAUUAUGAUACAUCUCUGUCCUACUUACUCAGCUCUGCUUACCAGAGUCCUUUCUGAAAAUACCAUAUUUACUUGAUUAAAUGGAAGCAAAAUAACCAAUAAACACGAGGUCCAAUCAGAAGGAUUCCGAUUGGAUCUCGUGUUUCGAAGAUUAAAAAAAAAAAACAAUCCAACUUGGUAAAUGUAAUCACACUUCCUGUUUUACAAAAUUCAAAUGAUUUACCGUUAAUGUUGUCAGUGAUUUAAGAAAUGUGAUUUUGAAAUACAAGGCGCCCUCGAAUAAAUACCGCAUCAGAAACGUUGGAAAUUAAAUAAGCGCCGCGGUGUUUAAUCGAAUAAAUAAGGUGCGGAAUCAAUAGAAAUGAACCGCAUCUAUGGCUUUUUUCAUGGCUCUGAAGCUCACCCUUGCGCCUUCCCUCCACAAUUUUCACUGGCCAGUUUGCAUCUGGCAGUUUUAUUGCAGCUCAGUGAAGAAAGCAUUUGUGGUGAAGCCGCUGGAGGGGUUGGUGGGGCAAGGCCAAAGGAGAAACUUCCCCUGUCCCCCUCCUCUCUCCUGACCCUUUUCUCUUAUUAGAGAGUUUAAGCAUCACGUUCACGACAAACGGAAAAGGCAGAUUCAUGUUGAGAAUUUCUCAAAAUAGAAAAUGAGCAGAUAAAAACAGCUCAAAAGAAUUCUUAUAGCCUACCUGUAGCCGCACCCUCCCCCCGACAAAGGAAGAGAGCUCCCUCUCUCCGUUUUUCCUUUGUCGGGGGGAGGGUGCGGCUACACAUAGGCUACAAUUCUUAUGGAUUAAAAAUUGCGUGAAAUUACUAAUUUAUGUGUCGAAAUAAUAAACCGUAAAAAACGACAAGUAAAGGGAAAACUGGUACACAUUGGCGUUUGCGGCUUGACGUAAACGUGAUGCUUAGCCUCCGUAUUACGGCUCAUUUUCACAGCGAAUUCUUCACAACAACCCAGUGAAACUGCUUCCUAGAUUUAUUUGUGACACUCAAGUUGGCAGUUGGCUAUGCCUGCACAUAAAGUUAUUAGAGUGGUACUGUUGGGCUGAUGAUUAAUAAAUAAACUAUUAUGUUUUUUCAGAAUUAUUUCACAAACUGGCAUAGGACUAGCUAAAAAAGACAAAGUAAGUACCUUAAUAAAAAUUUGAAAAUCAUCGUUUCACAUUCCAUUUCAAAAUAAUGUAAACCCAGAGCUCAAAAUAAAUUGGGGACUGUUGCCUAACGUGAUGACCGGCCAAGAAAACUUUAGCUCGGUCACUACUAGCCUAAUAAGCAAGCAAAAACAUGAAGUGAAAAAAGAUACUUGUUCUCUCGAAACGUAAUAAUGUGAAUUUUUUUUCUGGUCGGUUAUUUACGUAUCCGGUCAAAAUGUACCCUGGGUGCCAGAGGCUUUUCAUGCGCGGUUUCCGCCUUCGGUCAAGUCUUAAAAAGUGAGUGGCUUCGCAGCUCGUAUCUUCGGCCUUUGGCCGAACACGUGUCGUCCUGCGGCCGACGAAACGAAGCUCCCCGUCGCACGCGAGAAAAAACCUCUGGUACCCAGGGUAGUCAAAAUGACGGGCAAACCGAAACUUUGUCGGGACCAAUGGUAAUCUUGAUCGGACAUUAUCCGUUGACCGGUUGUUAUUUUGAGCCCUGAAACCCACACUGAGACUGAUGUAUUUGUCCUCUUUUACUGAAACCGAUGCACGCAUGUCCAAUAUCUUAACGGACACCUCUGUAAAACGGACACCUAGAGUUGGUCCCUGCCUUUGUUUAUUCCCUUUAUUUGACUCUUUAUAAGACGGACAUCUCUCUAAGGCGGACACUUAGUGCCGGUCCCAAAGGUGUCCGUCUUGGAGAGAGUUGACUGUAUACAUAAACAUACAAAUUGUCAAAACGCCAACACUAAUCGUACCGUUAAUAAAGGAUAACGACUCGUCAAAGAAGCUUCGCGAUUAGCGCCAUUGGUACGAUUGGUAUGCCAUUGGUAACUGCAAGCUGAUAGCGACACGGGCAUCAUUCCGAACAAACACGCAAUGAAUGAAUGAUUGAUCGAUUGCGAUUGGUCUCAUUGGUUCUACGAAGUCAGGGUCGGUUUACACAAGAAGAUAUUUUUUGCGGAUUCGUGACGAAUCUGGCGCUUGGAACUGUAAUUACGUAAUUGACCAAUCAGAUCAAUAACCAGAGUAUAAUACCAUCAACUGACGUGAUACAACUCACUUUGACUCUGAAGAUGACUACCGCACAGGUUUUCGAAACGUCAGUCACUGUCAAACAACAACAGUCCUAUUCAGGACUACGUUCACCCGGACGAUUAAACUCAACCUGUACUUUUGAAAUGACUCCUGGGUUCAAACCUUUCACAGUCGCUAAACUUUGUUGUUCCUCCCCCUAUAGCUUCUGUUAUGCCGUCAUCAUACACCUCUCAUCAUCAUCAUACAAAUACCACACAAAAUUGAAGUAUAAACGUUGUUGAUCAUUAUCUUUUUUUAGAAACAUGCAUUCGUCUCCAAAACUGUAAUCAAGCCCGAGAGCUGCCAGCCGGUAAGAAUUAAACACCCCCCCCCCCCCACCCCCAUUUUAAACUUGUCAUAAGAGUUUUUUUGCUUGAUUUUUGAAGUUUAACUUGCUUCGCUGCGUUUACUUUGUUUACUGUAUUGUCUCUACAGUGUAACAAGAGGAUAAAGUUUGGAAAACUAGCCUUGAAGUGCAAAGGUAAUUACAGUAGUCAAUUUAUUGUUGAAUUGGCGUAGAGAAGGAGGCAAAUUAUUAAAUGUUAGAAGUUUUAUCAUUUUGUGAUUGGCAGCGGGCUUAACCUCCGUAAAAAAAACAAAAUCGUGUUGUUGACUUUCCUGGUGAAAAAAGAAUAAUGACAGGCUUUUCGGGGUGCAUUGUUUUGAGAAUGCGGGAAAAAAACCUAUGUCAAAUCUUGUCCCCGUCCUCGAAUCUAAAGGACGCUGUUGUUAAUGGCCUUAAAGCUUCCUGUUUUCUUUGCAGAUUGUCGUGCUGUGUGCCACCCUGACUGUAAAGAUCAACUUCCGCUUCCUUGUGUGCCCUCUAAUGACACUCCAGGAUCUGGCAGACGUCGCCCAGUAAGCCCGAGACAUCUUUACACGCACCUUACAUUCAGUUACAUGUCCAUGUCGGUUUUGUUGUUCUGACGACUGUGUCUUUGUUUUGUUAGGAUGAAAACAUCGAGUUCUAUGCUCCCACUACGAGUCCUAUGGUGCCAGAGAUUGUUGUACGUAUUUUAUCAUUAGAGAGCUUUAGAUUCGAGGACGACUUCGAAUACGAGAUUUUCUCAAUACUGAGUAUUGCGCGCGCGGGAACCAGUGUCAUUUUGGCGGGAAAACUCGAUAGCCGUAGUCAUUCUACAACGGGAUUUAGCGAGAAUGUUGUAGUGGCGGGAACAAAUUAUCAAAUGUUAGAAGUUUUAUAAUUCUGCUAUCGAGAGAGGGCGUAACCUCCUUCAGUAUAGAUAACCGUACUAACAUUUUUGGUGGAAAAGAAUUUAAAAUGAAGCUUUCCGGGGUGUCUUUUUUUUUAAAACACGGGCAAAACCUUUAAGUUUAAUCUCGUACUCGUUCUCGCCCUCAAAUCUACAGCUCUCUAUUAAAACGUUUCAAAACCGACGUUAUAGCCAAUCUCUAUUUUCAAUAUCAUUAAAGUAGUCAGAGAAAACAGCCGACAUUUUGCGACGCCACCUCUGGUUUCCCCGCGAAAUGACGUUUGAGAAACGACCGCAGAAAUUUCAUACUGAUGACGCGUCACUGCCCUGAUCUGGUAGUGCUUUUGAUUGGUUGAAGCAAUUUUCCCUCGCGGUACGACCAAUCAGAAGCACUAUCCAGAUCUGGGUAGUGACGCGUCAUCAGUUUGGAAUUUCUGCGCUCGUUUCUCAGACGUCAUUUCGCGGGAAAACUACUGGUAGUGUCGCGAAUGGCGGCUGUUUACUCAGACAACCAUUAAAGUCGCGUAAGUAUUGACCGUUAAAGACACUCGUGCAGCUUUACUCUCUCUUUUGUGUAAUAAAAUUCUGAUAAACCUGAACAUCUGGGGUGAAUUUGAUAAAACUUUUAUAAGUGUAGCCACUGUUUUAGUCUGAAAACAAUAGCUACACUUGUAAAUUACGCUUUUAAAAGUUUUAUUAAAUUCACCCCAGCAUUAGACCAACGCGGAAAUAUAGCAGCCUAUGUUAAUUUAGAAGUAGAGGACGUAGAAGAAAGAAGUUUAUUGAACAGACACGUUAGAGCACAUCUCAACUGUUUCACUUUGCCUCCAUAAAAAUAAGAGAAAUGACUUUCCUAACUGCUUUCAAAGCAGAGAAAAAAUGUAACUUUUAGCCAACCUUUAUAUGUGUUUUCUGCUUAGGUCAGAUGCGUUGAACAAGUUGAACGUCGCGGACUUGCCGAAGUUGGAAUCUACAGAGUGCCAGGGUGAGUUCAGAGUCUAAAGCUAAGGGAAGAAGUGAGUUUAUUGUCAAGAAGUGUCGUUACCGGAAAGAAUAAGGAAAAUGAUAACUCGCGCCACCAGACGAAUUUUUGACCGUUGUUGCGUUCACACGGAGCCAACAUUACCGUACGAAAAUUUAAACGCCAAGCGGUUCAAAAAUUUUGAACACCGAUAUCAAGGUCAAACUUUUUAGCCGGUACGGUCGAAAAUUUGACCGGCGCAGAGUUAGCCACGAUGACCGUCUUAAUGUUUUCUACGGCCAAGGCAUGCUUGCAUUGAUGAGUGGUAACUCAGCAGCGAGACGCCAUUUUGGAUUUGUUCAAGUUGCGCACUGCGCAUGGACAAAGACAAAGCUAAAGUUCACCGUUUGAAAAAAGUCAAAAUUCAACUUGGUUGGCCAGUUUCGUGUGAACAGAGCGAAAAUAUUGAACAGUUCCAUGUGAACUAAAUUCGUCUGGUACCAUGUGAGCGUAGCCGUAAAGCCUAAACGUUCAUCAGAGCAUUAGUUAACAGACAGGAUAAAAGGAUCGACAACGACUUCAUUUUUCGGCAAAAUAUAGAAUCAAGAAUUAAUCUGCAACUCGUCGUGGUGAUUUUUGCUGUCUGAUUGUUUGCAUUGUAAUUUCAGAGCUGAACGAAGUGUAAAGGAAUUGAAGGAAAAGUUUCUACAAGGAAAGACCACUGACUUGGUAAAGUGAAAUAAAUGCGAUUUUCCAAAUGGUAGUCAGGAUUUAAAAUAGAUCACGAUCGAUAUAUUUUUAUUCGAAAUACUUGUUUCGAUGUGUCUCAUAUCUUCGUCAGUGAUGAUUUUGAAAUUGAAAAAACUGCAAAUUUUUAACAACCUAAAGAGGCAUGCACAUUGAGUUAUGAUCACAGAAGAGUGUGUAUAUGGCACGAUAACACAUAAUUUUUGCAAAUAUUCUGAAAAUCCCUGCAAAGAGUCACUUUUCAUGACAGUAUGAUAGUGUAGAGGAUUACUGACUGAACAGUAUUUUCCUUAGUCUGGUGUGGUACCGUAGGUGAUUGAAAGGAAAGUUAGGGAUGAGGCCCGCAAGAGCGCUAUGUUCUUUAGACUUCCAACAGUCCCUCGGCCUCAGGAUUGCCCCUUGGGCGAAUCCGUUACAUCUUCUCCCUCGCCGGUUUCCUCGCUCGCUCGCUUGAUCGCUCGCAGGUAACAUGUUCGCCCGCGCGACAAUCUUGAAGGCCUGCUAGCAAUCUAAAGCAGUCUAGACGUUCUCGCGCGUGUCUUUCCCUCGAAACGCCUGCCACGCAAGCUAUACUUUCAGAGUGGUCUACUUCCGAAGAAAACUAUUUAGCAUUUUUUUUUUUUUGUGGUAGUAUUCAUUAUUUCAAUUAACGGUUUUGUAAGACACUCGGACAAAGAAACUGAGUUUCAGAAGUUCUUAUAAUUAUUCUUUUUUUGUCCACAGAGCAAAGUUGAAGACAUUCACGUUGUGUGCGGAUUGCUCAAAGAUUUCUUCAGGAAACUGGCCGAACCACUGGUUACGUACAAACUUUGGUCGGCAUUCGUGGAUGCUGCAAGUAAGACCGUUAAUUAAAUACCAUUUUCAUCUCCCGGAAAGUUCAACUGCAUUUGACUGAGCGAGUUGGAAUAAGUUUCAUUAAAUAGGUCAUUCCUGAGUUCCCCCGAACCUCUGUAUCAAAACGAGGUUGAGUGCUCAGCCUUUGAUAUGGAAAGGAUUUUCAUUGUCAUUCGAAUAGAACUCAUUUUCACAAGAAAGGUUGUACACUUGGCCUCAUUUUGAAAGUGAGGGUUUUCGAACUCGGAAGUGACCUAUUAGUAGGAACGCGAACUCCCUUUUUUUGUUUUGGCUUUUAUUUCACAGUGCGCUGCAAAACUGAGGCAAUCAGAGCUCAACGCAAACACGUGUAACCGACAGAAAGCGCGGUAAAACUCAUAGAAACGAUUCACGAUUGCUUUUGUUGUUUGUUAUUGGCUAAAAAGUGGCGGGAAAGAGGCUGAGCGCGUGUUUCUUUCUUUUUUUCUCCAGACAAGACAGAUGAAGAUGAUAGUGCGAGUGCUACAUAUCAAGCGGUCAGCGAACUGCCUCAAGCGAACAGAGAUACCCUGGCCUUUUUGAUGGUUCAUUUACAAAAGUAAGGCUCUUUGUAUGAGCAUUUUCCUUUUGCUUGUCAUGUAAUUUCCUUCAGUUUCUCAGCGCAAGAAGAUGGUCAAGUUGAAACGCACUUCUUUAACCUGUAUCAUAAACAAAACCAUAUCGGAUAAUGGGUCAUUGUUUUCUUUUAAAUAAUAACAAUAAUAACUUUAUUUGUAUAGCGGUAUAUGCAAAAGCUCUAUAUCGCUUUACAAUCAAAAAAAGAAAAUAACUAACAAUAGCACCAAAACAAAAAGUCAACUGAAAGCGAGUCUAAAAAGAUAAGUUUUCAAUCUAGAUUUAGAUUUAGUCGUGUUUCGUAGUAUCGAGAUGCUAUCCGGCAGGAUUGUAUUUCUUUCAAUCUCUUUGGUUUUAUUUUACAGUCACACCCCUUCUAUCGGCAUUUUUUUUCGCAACAAUUGGCGAACAUCCUUUUAUUUUGCAGUUGGUGGAGUCCUUGAAAAAUGAAAAAUAUGUCCUUGAAAAGUCCUUGAAAAGUCCUUGAAUUUUUAGUCCAAAAAAGGGUACGAACCCUGAAUUGCAUUUAAGGUGGAUUUCUACUAUCGCGUAAUUUUUACGUGCGCUCGAGCUUAAGUUUACGUGCGUAAAUAAAAUAGAGUCAAUGUAUGUUGUAUGUCAAUGUUUCAUGGGGAACCUUCAACUCUUUCGAGCAUUUUCUCACAUCCACUUUUGUUUUGGCGUAAUAUGCCAUUUCUUAGUUAAAAACCCUCAUUUUCAAACCGAAGUUAAGUGUAAAACCUUUCUUGUGAUAUUGAGUUUCAUUUGCAUCAGAAAAAAAAAACGGUUUCACUCAUAGCCUCGCUUUGAAACAGAGGCUUUGGGCAACUGGAAUAUGGCCUAUUAAUUUCGCCAUUCCUUUUUAGGGUGGCUCACUGCACCGAAUGCAGAAUGUCGUCCAGUAACUUGGCCAAAGUUUUUGGCCCUACUCUUGUCGGAAACUCUUCAACGGACAUUGAACCAAUGCAGAUGUUACAGGAGGCGAAAUGGCAACCCAAGGUAAUGUGAGAGUUCCUUUCUUUAGCCUGCGUAGCAGGCGCUUGUACGUAAUGAGCACAAGGGGCGCUCGAGAAAUCUCUGUUGCGCGCCCCGAUCCCUCUCACUUGUUACUUUCUGACGCCUGCUACAAAUGCUAUCUUUCCUUAGCCUCUUUCUGGGUUAUUUAAACCUUAUUUUGAGAUUUCAAGAUAGCUAUUCCCGGAACUCAGACUUUUAGAAGUAAGAAAGAAGGAAAGCCUGUAUGCAACCUGAAAAACGACAAAGAAGCACCGAUCUUAUUAGUAAGGAGCUUAAGCAACGAUGGCGGCCGCUGCGAUCGUGAACAUCCCACGACGAACUUUUCAUUGUAUUUUUCAACUCAGAUAACGUUCGUUAAGAAUUCACUUUCCAAAAGAAUUCGCCUUCAUCGGACUAAUUUAACGGGGUGUAGUUAUCCGAUGUCGCUAUGAGGCUUGAAGGAAAACGUGAAUUCACUUUUGAGGUGACGUUUUUGCUGCUGUACCCCGUUGCACUGCCGUUGCUCAAGCUCUUUAAUCUCUCUUUAGUCCUCGCCCCCUCAGUUCUUUGUCCUUCUGCACCUGCUCUCAGUUCUGUACGACCAUGGUUAGAAAAAAAAAAGAGUUUAUAGGAAACAAGGAGAUGGGCUCCUGAGGAAGCUAACUCGCGCUAACUUCGGGCAAAAUUGUAGCCUUAGAGAAGUAUUGAUGCUCCAAGGCCUAAAACACUAACCGUGCCUUAACAAAAUGCCAGCCUCAUUACGUGACUAGUAAAACGCUUAUUAACCUGUUCAAUUAAAGUAGAAAAUUCAGUCCCACAUUGUAAGCUGGAGUAACAAUUUAUUUUUCGUGACAACUGAACGUAUGUAAUUGUGGUUUAUAGGUUGUUGAGCGACUCCUGUCGAUGCCCGUUGACUACUGGAACCAAUUCAUCAACACAGAUGAUGAGAACAUACGAUCUCCCCCAUAUAACCCUUCCACACACCGGGCGGACGGAACUCCUAUCACCCCUGAGUGUAGACCGGGUAAGAUUCUCCUGAAUCCGCAAAUCCUACCUAACGUAAUUAUUUAACCUCUACGGCAGCCUGUUCCAGGCGUUCAGAUAGUAGAGUGCGGCGAUCAGAUGGUGAGGGGCGAGUUAAAUUGUACGCCGAGAAAACGGGGAAAAUUUGUUUUUUCUUCGUGAAUUUUUCUCCCGCGCUCUACUAUCUGAACGCCUGGGACAGACUACCAAUACGGAAGAAUCAAGGUUGGAAAAGUCAGCUAAAAAGAAAAAAAAAAAGAAGAUCAAGCAAUCGCUCUGACGAAGGAUUAGCGCAAGAAACUUCAGCUUGUGUAUCUCCCUUCCAUGGCCAAUCUACCUUAUGAACUCAGUUGAUAGACUGCGAGCAGCCUCUCUUUUCUUCUUCCGUCGUGCGAGACAAGAAAACGACCACGCGCGUGACGAAAGGCGAACGCAGGAGAUGUUGCCGCCCUCGUUUGCCACGUCUCGUGUUUCUCUCAUUGCCCUGACUAAAUCUGAAGAAAAAGAGACUGCUCGCAGUCCACUCAGUUGACAACAUAAACACUUUGGAGAGUAAAUCGUGAAAACUGACGUGAAAGACGCGCUGGGAGUCACUCGGCCAGGGCUCGAAAUUGCGACUAAUACGGUCGCCAAUGCGACUAAAAAUUCUCCAGUCUGACGACCAGAUUUCUCUAUGAUUUAGAUUUAAAUUACUUAAAAGAGUCAAGUUCAAAUAAAAAUUUAAUCUUAUCUUGCUUUGCUUUCGUCAUAAAAAAAUUGUGCCAAAUCGCAUAAACAAAGCCCGUUUACCUCCAAAGUUAUACCGACUUCUGUCAGCGAUAUUUUCAAACAAUCAAAUCUGAUGGAUCGCGCGAUAGUAUGAGCUGCGUCAUUAACGUUAUGCAAACUGGCGACUAUGUUUCGCCAGUUGGUCGCCGAAAGGCGACUAGAGGAGUUCUAAUUUUGAUCCCUGGAGUCGGUGGUGAUAGCCGAAAUCUAGACUUGACGAAAGGAGGGGGAAGGUAGCCUGCGAGAGCAUCCGGUUUUUUCGGCUCUAAGCGACGACGGGAAAUACGUCUGCGGCUGGCAAGCGAGGUGGAAGGGGAUAGUUGAAGAUUUAAGCAUCCGGUUUUUGAUAUAAACGGCUCUAAGCGACGACCAGAAAUACGUCUGCGGCUCGCAGGCUAGGUGGAAAAAACGGGUCGUUUAAAAGAAGAUAUUUUGUCCACGAACAGGUUCUUCUUUCUUUGCAAAAAGAUGCUUUUUUUCUCGCUUAAAAUGCCAUUUGGGCGAAAAAAAAAUUGACACCUUCCCCAGUCUACGCGAAGGAAUGGGUAAAAAGAAAUAAACUUGUCGAGUUUUGAACUUUUUUUCAAAUUCGCAUUAGGCUUUGUCAACCAUGUUUACGUACCGAGCAAACCUGGCACCAGCUUUUUAGGUAUUUUAUAUGAACAGGUUUUUUCUUCUUUUCCCGCCAUCGCCCCUUCCCCAGUCUACGCGCGUCUUAUUUUCGCUUGGCUUGUCACUAUCUGAGAGCCUGGCACCAGCUUUUUGGGUGUCAGAUGACGUUUUUUAAAACUGGCGUAAAGUUAGCUUCAAGUCUCUCACCUUACAGGGGCUGUGUCACGGCUAUCUUGUUCAUUGGGUUGUUAAUAUUGUCAAUAGCGCGUCUUAAUUGGUGAAGGAACUUAACGUCAGCAGGAAUUUACUAUUGAAUAACAAAAUCACAGCUGCCUUUAUGCUCUGAUGACUCCAUACAAAUCCUUCUAAAAUUGGCUUGGAUCGAAACGUUAACGAUCCAGGCUUAUUUUAGAACGAUUCAUAUGGAGUCAUCAGAGCAUAACAAUGCCGUAUCUCCCCGCCAAUUUGCCCCAACAGGCUGAUCUUUGAAAAGCUAAAAUAUUUUGGUUCAUUAUACGUUUCCGGCACACUGCCCAUUUGCCCCCAACAUCAACCAGGGCUGAUUCAGACCUUCAAAAGGGGCUAAAAUAUUUUGGGUCAAAAAUAAUUAUAAUCCGCCACUAUCAACAAACUUCACACUUGGGGCAAAAUGUUGGGUUAAGGGAGUAAUUUCUGAAAUUUAGUGUUUUUGACGUCUCGCCUCUUUUCUCUUUAUGUCUUUUUUUCUUCUAAUUCUAUUUUUAGUGCCCGAAAGCAUGCUUGGACCAGUAACAUCGGGCAAGUCUGUGAAGAAGAAAGGCAGCAUCCUGUCCAGGACUCCUCUGACACCAAGGUAAUAAUAAAAGAAUACGAGCAAUUGAACCUAGACUGCAAAACAGUCGGUUUUUUCUCAAAACCAGUUUAGCAGGGUGACAUUUUCGCGAGAAGCGCCUGGGGCUCACACGCCCCAGUCUCACUCUCUACCUCGUUUCCAGGUUCUCUCUCCUACACGGGAAGGAGAGAACCCUUGGAACGAGGUUGUCUCAUCCUCGUUACUCCGCAUCUUGACCACUCGCGCGGGCGAAUCUUAACUUUGACAAAAAUAGGCCGGGGUUGUUUCGCAAGUUGUGAUUAGUCAAUUCGAUUUUUAGAUCUGGUGCGCGAUCGUCGGGUCGCGUAUGGUAGGGGGUUGGGGAUUUUGGAACAUGCACUGAAUUUUUUUGGUACUCGUAAGAUGGAAAUUUUGUUCCCCUGGGAAAGUUUUUGGUUUCGGCGAAAAUCAAUCUAAAUGUGUAAUACUUAAUAGUUUACUCAAUGUUUUUUUUUUUUCUCAUUUAAGUUUUAUUUGGGACCAACCAGCGAAAAUCCGUCAACACAGCUGGAAAGAACGCCUUAGAAUAACGUUAAGUUUCCAAGUUUAAAAGUGAUUUGUUGAAAACUAUUAAAACUAAGAUAGAACUCCGCAAAGUCAAGGAAUUUUACAGACAUUUGUAUUGUGGGGUUGUAGGGGGCAAGUUCGUGCCCCUCACCAUACAAACGUCUGUAAGGUUUUGCGACUUUGUGGAGCAAUUUCUUCGCUCUCCUUGGACGUAUCACCUUUAAACUUGGUAAGUUACCUUGUUUUUAAGGCCCUCCUCCAGCAGUGUCGAUGGAUAUUCGCAUACUGCUCUUUAUCAAAACUUGUAAGGAUCUAUUAUGUUGCUUCGGUGAGCGAAAAAAAUGACAGAAGAACUUGUUCUCAGCAGAAACUCGUUUAUUGACGAGUAAUAUACUCGCAGAAUAGUAAAGAAAUGUUUGAGGAAAGCAUUGAUAGUGUUACAAAAGACUUGUUGCGAUUGAAGAAAAAAAAAAAUCCCGGCCAACCAGCGAAUAAUACAGCCGCUUUUCAUCACUUCCCGACGCUUCGUUUCUCUCGCGAAACGUUCCUCCUCCAGCGGGAAGCGAUGAGCGUGCGAUAUUUCAGCUUGCUGGAACCGCUGUGUCGAGUGUCUUCUCGUACUUUGAGUGUCUAAAGUUCUUUGAAAUAGACAUCGAAAGAAUACGAUUUUUUUUGGUUGUAAUACUUCUACUAUUGAAUCGCCUCUCUUAGUUUUAAUAUUUUCUUUCUUGCGAUGAAGAAAGAGGAAAAAGUUUUGUUCGAAUUUCCCUAAAACAUGUUGCUUGGGUGGACUUAAGUUUCCCGAAAGACUUUCGCGGUCAAAAGCGAUGUCCUAGGGUCUACAAUUUCUCUUUAACGUGGUUUUUGGAGCUGAAAAAGAAAAUGAGAUUGGGAGGGUUCGAAAAUUACAUAUAUGUUUAAGAAAAUUUUGAAAAACAAAGAAGAAAGGUCAGUAGACGAAGGUUAACGACUCUAAAACGGGAGCAUCAAUAUCUAGCGAAGUCUUAUUUAUAGCAUUGUGUCUGUACGUCAUAUAGUAACCAUUAUUCUGUCUUACUUUGUGUUAGGUUCGGAAGCAAGAGCAAGCAUCCUAACAAACGGCCGACGCACUUCUUUGCUUCUCCGAUGUUAAAAUAGAUACCAAGAUGAUAUAAUUAAUUUUAGUGAUAGUAAUGGGUCUUUGUAUAAUAGUUAUACAACCUUUAUAGUUGAUACACGCCUCAUGGUCACUUGUGUGACCCACUGUGCCAUACGACAUUUUAUACCAAGGCCGAUACGGAUGUAAGUGUCUCUUAUUGAGACACUGGGAUGUCAAAACCCGAUUCGUAUCGCGAGAAGGAAUUUAAGGGGUAUGUUAUCAAGAAAAGAGUAUUUCUCCGUUUGCGAAGGAGUUGAUUUGUUAUUUUGCGGCAUCAGCGGAUAGUUUUUGACAGUAUUUGUUUUUUAGGAUGAGUUGCUACAUGUCUGUCUUUCAAACAAGUGUUAGGGCAGCUAAUUUCAUUUACUGCUUUGUUCCUCAUAGUUUAAAUAUCUUCGUCCAGCUAGGAGCAAAAUUAAUGUGCCUUGUAACUUCGUGCACUAGACUAUGAGCAGUAGCAUCGCUCUGUUGUUUUUCUGAUGCUUUUGAAGCCUCAGUUCUUGCAAACUAUACUCUCAUUAAAAGGCA